GUUAUAUUAAUCAUUGGAAUACACAAAAACCUGAAUGGAUAUAAUUUAAAACAUUUAUCGUAUAAUUUUUUAAUUUAUUGAACAGAAUCAAUAACGUUCGAACAUAAGUGUCGAUUUAAUUUUCUUAAUUCAAUGAGUUUCCAUGGAAACAAAAGCGAUGUUUGAAAAUGGAUAUCGUUCCGCAAUAUACAUUCAUUCCACUUGCAUGUAAAAAUUACUUUAAUAUAAAUGAUAAAAAAACGCAAAAUUUAUUUAACAAAUGGGGAUUGAAGGGAAAUAUUGUUCUUCAACAUUUUUCUUUCAACGAACCUUUUCAUUCAUAUCAUAAAUACCAAUUUGCUGAGGCCUUUUUUAAAAGCAGCAUUGUUGCCCAAAACUUGUUAACAAAAAAAGGAAGCUCAUGGACAAAACAAGGAAUCAUUGCAUCAACUGUGGAAGUAGAACAAAUACCAUGUUCUGUUAUAAAUAUGUCUUUUUUUAAUAAGUUACAAAAUCCAGAUAAUGGAAUAAUAAAUAAUUCUGGUGUUAUUUGCAAAAGAUAUGAUAAUGAAAUUAAUAAUUUUCUUGUUUCUGACAAAUUGAGAGAGAUGUUAUUAGAUGAAGAGUCAGAUCAGUAUGGUUUAUAUACAGAAGAUGAAAGGAAAGAAUUUAUCUUUUGUAUUUUCCAAAUGUUAGUUCUUGGAGGAAUAUUAUGUCAAUAUGAAGAUACUUUGGAACCGUAUCUUGAUACUACCAAACGAAUUUAUAAAGAUCUUAUAAGAGUACAAAAACGAAAACAUUUGGAUGAUUUAUCUGUCAGCACAACAGUUUUAAAAGUUACAGCAGAAGAUAAUAAAAAUCAAGCGUACUUUCCGAGUAAUGAUCCUUUUAACAUACAAAAUAUUGGAUUUCUAUUGAUUGAUGGAAAUCUACGUGAAGUUACAACCUUUCUACAUCAGUUUGGAGGAUAUUGUGAUUGAUAUUGUUUAUUUUUACUUUUAACUCAACUUCAUUUUUAAUUGAUAAGAAAGGACAAAGGGAAAAGGAUAACAUUUUUAAUUACCCAUUUAUCUCAUAAUCGUUUAUCAAAUACGUACAUAUAUUCUUAGUUAAUGCUUUUGUUCUCAUUAUAUGCUACAAACUGUAACUUGGAAUUAUUAAUAUUAUUUAUGCGAGGAGAAAUAAUAAUUAUUUACGAAUUUACAAUCGCUUAAUUCAAAAUUAAUGACAAAUUUAUUAGAAUUAUGAUUUUAAAUAAGUAAAUAAAUAAAUAAAUAAAUAAAUAAAUACGAAUAAAGAAAAUCUUAUAUUACAUUAGA